AUUUGUGGGCCAAAGGGAUCGCUCUUGGCGUUGCGCUCUGAUAAGUGAUGCAGCCCAGUUCACUACACUACACAGUGGUUUUUGACUGUUAAUGUCUCAUUUUCAUGGUGUUAGCCUGAAGUUGACUGGAUUAUUGUGAAGGAGAAAAAUGAUGGCAUGAUGCAGUGAGGACCUAGGUAAAUACCAGCCUCCAAAUGAGAAAAACUGGAAGAUCAUCAAAGAUAACCAUCGUCAAAAGUCAAAAACUGACACUGAGGACCCAGCUUCUGAAAAUCUUAUUCUUCUCUCACUCCACUGAGUAACAAGAGGGCGACUCCGUCUGCCUGCCCAGGGCUGCUUGGCCCCCGCCCAGGGGCCUGCAGGUUGGUUCUUGCCGUCCUCCACCUUCAGCCAAACCAACGAGGACACCGCCUGCGUCUAGAGCAGCCUGGAACGUAUCGGAGGGCGCUCGAAAGUGAGAGGAGAGCCGGGUGCGCCAUACCGGACGUGGGGGAAAAUGCUUUCUGAAAGCAGUUUGUUUUUGAAGGGGGUACUGCUUGGAAGCGUUUUUUGCGUCUUGAUGACUGUGCUAGGACACAUUAGGAAGGAUUAUGGGAAGAGAAGGCGCCACUCUGAGCAUCACCACCUACAAGCUCCUAAUGAAGAGAUCUUGACACUUGCAGAGGGUGAACGCCCGGACCUCAGUGAAAGCUUUCGGGUAUACUGUAUCAUCCUCGUGAAACCGAAGGAUGUGCGCCUCUGGGCUGCCGUGAAGGAGACGUGGACCAAACACUGUGACAAAGCAGAGUUCUUCAGUUCUGAAAAUGUUAAAGUGUUUGAGUCAGUGAACAUGGGAACUAACGACAUGUGGUUAAUGAUGAGAAAAGCCUACAAAUACGCCUUUGAUAAAUACAGAGACCAAUACAGCUGGUUCUUCCUUGCACGCCCCACUACGUUUGCUGUUAUUGAAAACUUAAAGUACUUUCUGCUAAAAAAGAAUUCAUCACAACCUUUCUAUCUAGGCCACACUGAAAAAUCUGGAGAUCUUGAAUAUGUGAGUGUGGGAGGAGGAAUUGUCUUAAGUAUAGAGUCAAUUAAAAGACUUAACAGUCUUCCCAGUAUUCCUGAGAAGUGUCCUGAAAAGGGAAAGAUGGUUUGGGAGGUAUCUGAAGAUAAGCAGCUUGCGGUCUGCCUGAAAUAUGCUGGAGUGUUUGCAGAAAAUGCAGAAGAUUCUAAAGGAAAAGAUGUGUUUAAUACCAAAUCUGUUGGGAUUUUUAUUAAAGAGGCAAUGACUAAUCAUCCCAACCAGGUGGUGGAAGGAUGUUGUUCAGAUAUGGCUAUUACUUUUAAUGGGCUGACGAGUAAUCAGAUGUAUGUGAUGAUGUAUGGGGUAUAUCAUCUAAGAGCAUUUGGGCAUGUUUUCAAUGAUGUGUUGGUUUUCCUACCUGUGAAUGGUUCUGACAAUGAUUGAGAAGUGAAACAAGAAUAUGUAUAUUAUCACUGUGUAAGACACAUGUUGUCAUUAUUUGUGGUAAAACUAUAUACCCAACACAGCAGUAUGUUUCCUUGUUUUUUUUUUUUUUUUCCUUUUUUCAGUUUGGUGACACUAGUUUAUUUGCACAUUGAAGUUUAGUAGUACAGUUUCAAUUAGGGUGAGGUUUUUUUCUUGAAAUGUAUGAAAAUUUUAUG